UUUGUUCUGUAAACAGUGAGGGAUUCACUUUCAAAUUCAGCUGGAAUAAAACACCAUUGUGUCUCCACUAAGCAGCUCUAUAUGAAGAGGUGCUUUUGAGACGAUGGAACCAAAGGAGCAGCAGACAGACCCUGGAGACCAGGCUAUUGAUGCCAUAAUUAAUGAAUAUGACACAACUGACUUGAUGGGAAAAUUUAAAAAUAUGUUUCCUUUUAUUAGUCUUAAUUUUCAGAAAUUUUUUGAUGUAAAGAAUCAAGAACAUGCAGCUAUACGCCAGGCAUUCGGAAAGGGCUACAAGUUUGAGAUGAGAAGCGAGGCCAGGAGACUGCAGUCUUUCCUCUCAUUAAAGCAAUCCUCAUUGUGGUGUCCAAAGGCAAUGGCCAGGGCUGGGUUUUAUUUCACAGGUGUGGAUGUGAGUGUUCAGUGCUUCUGCUGUGGGCUUGUUAUUUGCACUGGUAGCAUUCAAACCUUACCAUUAGAAAGUCAUACCACGCAUAAUCCGUGUUGUGGGUUUCUACAAGGGAAAGAUGUUGGCAACAUUCCUAAGUAUGAGAUACGUGUACAGAAGCCUGAAGUUCCCCAAAGGGAUUUGCAGGAAUAUGCAGCAGAGGAAUCUAGGUUAAACUCCUUCAAGGACUGGCCCUUCUAUGCCAGGAUUCAGCCUGACAAACUUUCUGCUGCCGGGUUCAUCUUUACAGGUGAGAAAGCAUAAAUAUAUCAUUAUGUGCCAAUUAGAUUCAUGGUGAGCACUAAACAUAUCUAUAGGGAAUGCACCCUGCCUAUAUGUUUACUCUUUAAUCAAUUUUUUAAAUUAACUGUUACAUAUUUCUAUAUAUUUGUCACAACGUCUGAAGGAAAGGAGCUGGAACUGUGAAAAGUGUUUAAAUUGCAUAAUUAAAUUUCCCCUAAAAGUAUCUCUUACUAUGUUGCAAAAAAUGGUAGUCUGCACUGAGUCUUCAUCUUUUGUGCUUUUUGCAAGAUUUCAAUGUAUUGCAGUGCAGCUUUCAGGCGUGACAUUCUAACCUCUGUUUGGUUGCUACAGUUUGAUUACUAUAGUUUCAAUGUGUUAUUUGGUUGCUUGUUUCAGUGAUAGCUUAAUAUAUCUUAAUAUAUCUUAUCCUAUAGCUUGUUCAACUUGGACACAUGACUAAGUGAGGAAAAGAAUUUGAACAUGGCAGAGUUAGCUUCAUCUCUUUGGCAUCAGAGUUCUCAUUAUCUCUUAUCCAUUUUUAGGAAUCAAAGACACUGUCCAAUGCUUUUUCUGUGCUGGGUGUUUAGGGAACUGGGAAGAAAAUGACGACCCCUGGAAGGAACAUGCAAAGUGGUUUCCUGAGUUAGUCCUUGUUCUCUUUUAUUUAGGUUUUUGUGAAGAGUUUUAGCAGAAACCUGGUCCCUGCCAUCCCUGGUCCCACUUACAGAUGCCCAGACAAACAUACAGACUUUAAACUAGUUUUGCAUUUUUAGUUUUAAAUGAUAAUGGUAUUGUAGAGCAGUGUCACAACCAAAAGUGGGUCCUAGCAGGUAGAACUAACGAUUUACCUGUUAAUAUGACUUAGACAGUGGUAUUCUAAGUAGGGAUGCACCAAAUCCACUUUCUUGGAUUCUGCCAAACCAUCGAAUCCUUUGCAAAAGAUU